GGAGGUCACGUGGGCGUAACAAAGACCAGCGCCGCCACACGGACUUGUGCUCCGUCCAAUGAACGCGCGGCCUUUGUGACGACGGCGGUCCCUCGAUUCACGUGACCGGAUGCUCCUGCACAUGCGCCGUUGCGGGAGGGUUAUGGGGAGCUGAUGUUGUGUUGGUUUGGAGGGUCGCUGUGUCCAGGAAGAGGAUAUGAGAAGAGCAGCUUUGCAGAUAGAGCUCCCCAACUGAGUACCAUGUGAAGGUCUGACAGAGCCCCUUGAUUCGUGGGACAGGAGAGACGUCCCUCUUUCAGUCCAGAAGGGGAAAAUUCUUUGAACGUUUUUGUCUGCUUCAGUAGGCUCUUAAAGUAUCAUCUUUACCUGAACCACAGGGGCACGUGCCUGAGCCAGUUUGCCCACUGUGGGGAAAGGAAGUCUCAGGAGGCAUUCCGCGCGCCAUGGAGAAACCGUGGAAGUGUGGGGAUUGCGGGAAAGGAUUCCGCUACCCCUCCAUGCUGGAGAUCCACCGCCGUGUCCACACCGGGGAGCGGCCCUUCACCUGCUCCGUCUGCGGCAAGGGCUUCACCCAGUUGCCCCACCUGCUGACCCACCAGCGGCUCCACACCGGGGAGAGGCCGUUUGCUUGCUCCGAGUGCGGGAAGGACUUCAGCGAAUCGUCCAGCCUGCUCAUGCACUGGCGGGUCCACACCAGGGAGCGGCCCUUCACCUGCUCGGUGUGCGGCAAGGGCUUCUCUCACUCGUCCACCCUGCUCAAGCACCGGCAGGUCCACACCGGGGAGCGGCCCUUCACCUGCACCGUCUGCGGCAAGGGCUUCACCCGCUCGUCGCACCUGCUGACCCACCAGCGGGUCCACACCGGGGAGAGGCCAUUCAGCUGCUCCGUCUGUGGCAAGAGCUUCUCUCACUCGUCCAGCCUGCACAAUCACCAGCGGGUCCACACCGGGGAGCGGCCCUUCACCUGCUCCAUAUGCGGCAAGGGCUUCCCUUACUCGUCCACCCUGCUGCGGCACCAGCAGGUCCACACCGCGGAGCGUCCUUCACCUGCUCCGUCUGCGGCAAGGGCUUCUCUCACUCAUCCACCCUGCUGCGGCACCAGCUGGUGCACACCGGCGAGGACGCCUUCACCUGCUCCGUCUGUGGCAAGGGCUUCCCCCACUCAUCCGGCCUCCAGAUCCACCAGUGGGUCCACACGGGGGAACAUCCUUCUGAUAGACCAGAAGUGUAUCAAAGGACCCAUGCGGAGCGACGGUGGUAUUGGACUCCGACCCCACACAAGAUCGCUUACCCGAGGAUAUCAAGUUGGUACAAUUGACAAAGCCAGCUGCAACAGAACCCGUUUCCUCACGAAGAGUGAAGCAGCCGAAUUAACGGUAAGCCGAGCGGACCUGUGGUGGUACUGCGGAGGUAGGAUCCUGUACAAUUGGUUGCCUCUAAAUUGGGAAGGGAGUUGUGUCCUAGUAACCCUGAAUGCCCCGCUCUUUAUGUCCCCACGAGCACCUGGUGAUUACACCUUCCAGAAGCCACCCCGGGGACUCGAUCGCCAUGCCCAACAUAGGCGAAACAUCAACCCAAUAGUGGAUUUAAAGAACCCUCAUGGUGUCUGGAUCGAUGCAAUCGGUCAGGCCAGAAACAUCCCCGAUGAGUAUAAACUAAUAGACGAGGUGGCCUCCGGCUUUGAGAGCUUUCCCCUUUUUGUGGCCAUCUUCCCCGUCACGAUAAAUAAACACACCAAUAGAAUCAAUCUCAUCCAUUAUAAUGUCCAAAGGCUUGCCAACGUAACCCGAGAUGCGGUUGACGCGAUCCACGAGCAGCUUGCUCAGACUUCCCUUAUGACCCUGCAGAAUAGGAUGGCCCUGGACAUGUUACUGGCCGAGAAAGGGGGGGGUCUGUGCACUGUUCGGAGAAACGUGCUGUACCUCAAUAUCAAACAACACAGGCCCGGAUGCUCCGGGGGGUUGUUGAGCUCCUGGGCUCCGGCCGCCGCCGAAGAAGCCGCGGGCGCCGGCUCUCUCUCCUCCACCGCCGACAGUUUUAAUUUGCUUUCCCGUUCACCCGGAGGAAAUGCACAGUCGCAGGCUCGCAGAGCCACUGGCUGCCAAGGGGAUGACAGCACAGCAACUGCAGUGACCCUCCACCCUCCCACCCAGGGUUCAGCCCUGGGCGGUGACUCACAGCAGCUGGCCCCGUCACUUGUGCCCCCGCUGGUGCCGCAGCAGGUGCUGGGAGUGAGCGAAGCCCCACUCGCAGACGGGGCAGGUGAAUGGCCACUCCCCGGUGUGGACCCGCUGGUGUGUCCGCAGGUUGGUCAGCCGGGUGAAGCCCUUGCCGCAGACGGAUCAGAUGAACGAGUGCUCGCCGCUGUGAAGCCGCCGGUGCGACAGCAGGUUGGAGGAGCAGUCCUGGGUGGGAUUCGCUGCAGACUUCAACUCCGUGCGAUCACGUUGGGAAGGCGCCUGUGCGUCCGCAGGGUCGGCGAUCGAUUGAAGGCCUUGCCGCACUCGGGGCAGCUUAAAGUAUCAUCUUUACCUGAACCACAGGGGCACGUGCCUGAGCCAGUUUGCCCACUGUGGGGAAAGGAAGUCUCAGGAGGCAUUCCGCGCGCCAUGGAGAAACCGUGGAAGUGUGGGGAUUGCGGGAAAGGAUUCCGCUCCCCCUCCGUGCUGGAGAUCCACCGCCGUGUCCACACUGGGGAGCGGCCCUUCACCUGCUCCGUUUGCGGCAAGGGCUUCACCCAGUCGUCCCACCUGCUGACCCACCAGCGGGUCCACACCGGGGAGAGGCCCUUCACCUGCUCCGUCUGCGGCAAGGUCUUCUCUGACUCGUCCCACCUGCUGUCCCACCAGCGUGUCCACACCGGGGAGCGGCCCUUCACCUGUUCCGUCUGUGGCAAGGGCUUCACCAAGUCGUCCAACCUGUUCUCGCACCAAUGGGUCCACACCGAGGAGAGGCCGUUCAGCUGCUCCGUCUGCGGCAAGGGCUUCUCUCACUCGUCCCACCUGCUGACCCACCAGCGGCUCCACACCGGGGAGAGGCCAUUCACCUGCUCGGUGUGCGGCAAGGGCUUCUCUCACUCGUCCUACCUGCUCAAGCACUGGCAGGUCCACACCGGGGAGCGGCCCUUCACCUGCUCCGACUGCGGCAAGGGCUUCUCUCACUCGUCCCACCUGCUCAAGCACUGGCGGGUCCACACCGGGGAGCGGCCCUUCACCUGCUCCGUCUGCGGCAAGGGCUUCACCCAGUCGUCCCACCUGCUGCGGCACCAGCAGGUCCACACCGGCGAGGGGGCCUUCACCUGCUUCGUCUGCGGCAAGGGCUUCACCCAGUCGUCCACCCUGCUGACCCACCAGCAGGUCCACACCGGGGAGCGGCCCUUCACCUGCUCGUUGUGCGGCAAGGGCUUCACUCGCUCGUCCACCCUGCUGCGGCACCAGCGGGUCCACACCGGGGAGCGGCCCUUCACCUGCUCCCUCUGCGGCAAGGGCUUCACCCAGUCGUCCAACCUGCUGCGGCACCAGCAGGUCCACACCGGCGAGGGGGCCUUCACCUGCCUGGUCUGCGGCAAGGGCUUCCCCCACUCGUCCGGCCUCCAGAUCCACCAGCAGGUCCACACGGGGGAACAUCCUUCCGAUAGACCAGAAGUGCACAUAAUACAGAGGAACUUCGAUUAUCCAGAAUUAGAUGAACCAGCACGGUGGCUCAGUGGUUAGCGCUGCUACCUCACAGUACCAGGGACCCGGGUUUCAUUCCUGCCUCAAGCGACAGACUGUGUGGAGUUUGCACAUUCUCCCCGCGUCUGCGUGGGUUUCCUCCUAGUGCUCCGGUUCCGUCCCACAGUCCAAAGAUGUGCAGGUCAGGGUGAAUUGGCCAUGCUAAAUUGCCCGUCGUGUUAGGUACAUUAGUCAGAGGGAAAUGGGUCUGGGUGGGUUACUCUUCGGAGGCUCAGUGUGGACUGGUUGGGCCUGUUUCCACACUGUAAGGGAUCUAAUCGUCAAGUGACUGAAAUACACCCUGCAUGUGUCCUUUGGAUAAUCGAGGUUCCUGUGUAUUCCAAAAGUGGCCGAAUCAAUGUCCUGUCCAGACCCCAACCCCUAUACUCAGUGCUCUGGCCAAUAAAGUGAUCUGCAGAAUCUGCGGGACUUGCUUAAUCCUGGAAGGUAAAUCACGUGUUUCUCCUUCUCUUGCAGGUGGAUCCAAGAUUUCACUCUCUGUCCCAUUGAGUCUCCAGUCAGGUCCUUCAGCUCAACUGGUCUCUCUCUCUCUAUUUCUGACCCAUGUGAGCCUCUACGCACCUCCCCUUCACUCGCUCACACUUGAUUUCCCUUACAGCAGCAUUCCCUUCAGUUCCUUUCUCCCUGACGUCUGUAUCCAGCUUCUCUUUAAAUGCCGUCCACCUCGACCUGCUACUGUGGGGGUCAUUCCCGCUGCAGACAGAGGUCUCUCCUUUGUAACCUCUUCAAAAGAUUAACCGCUGACUUCCCCCUUCAGUCUUUUCCAUUUCUGGGUCUCCCCGCUGUUGCGAAACUUGGAAUGGUUCAGAAAAGAUUGACAAGGAUGUUGCCAGGGUUGGAGGAUCUGAGCUACAGGGAGAGGCUGAACAGGCUGGGGCUGUUUUCCCUGGAGCGUCGGAGGCUGAGGGAUGACCUUAUAGAGGUUUACAAAAUUAUGACCGGCAUGGAUAGGAUAAAUAGGCAAAGUCUUUUCCCUGGGGUUGGGGAAUCCAGAACUAGAGGGCAUAGGUUUAGGGUGAGAGGGGAAGAUAUAAAAGAGACCUACAGGGCAACGUUUUCAUACAGAAGGUGGUGUGUGUACGGAAUGAGCUGCCAGAGGAUGUGGUGGAGGCUGGUACAAUUGCAACAUUUAAGAGGCAUUUGGAUGGGUAUAUGAAUAGGAAGGGUUUGGAGGGAUAUGGGCCGGGUAUUGGCAGGUGGGACUAGUUUGAGUUGGGAUAUUUGGUCGGUACGGACGGGUUAGACCGAAGGGUCUGUUUCCAUGCUGUACAUCUCUUGACAAAGCCUUGUCUGAGGGUGAAAUGUUGUCAUUCCCGUUGAUGCGGGUGGUCCCCUGUCUGUUGUCCUUUUUGUUUCCUUUCUCGGAAAGGACGUCGCGGACAUGGGCAGCGUUCCCGAGCCCCGCUCCGGAACGGGCUGUUCCGUCCUCUUCCAGCCCCCGGGGGGGGUGGGGGAAGGGGCAGCUUGAGUGUAUUGGGAGAGUGGGCCGUUCACCGGGAAGGUGCCAAUGGGACGGGAGAGCGGUACCGGUAAUGGGGCGAGGGGGAGAUGCCUCAGACCGCCAGAAACACUGGGGCAGCUGCUCGCGUGCUCCUUUUGGAUCUCACAGCACAGGGAGGCCUUUCAUCUGAUUACCUCCCCGUCUCUGGCUCUGUCUCUCUCUCUCUGCGUCUGUCUGUCUCUCUGAGGUGACAGCGGAUUCCAGCGUAUUGCUGCUUGCUGGGUAAACCUGUUUUUCCUCUGUUUUCCUCCUCUCUCUCCUGCUCAAACCCCUGACCUUCAGGCCGCCCCUGACCUUGUCACUAUCAGUGAAUAGGGAACAGCUUUUCUUCCUCCACCUUAUCUGAACCUAUCACAAUCUUCCCCACUUUCACCAGUUGUAUCUGUGUGUGACCCUCUCUUUCUGUGUCUCUUUCUCUCCUAAGCCCCCUCCCUCACCACAUCCCAUUUACCCACCCCCUCCUGUCAUGCUCCCACUUUCAAACGGUCUCGUUGUGUUUUCACUGCCUCUUCCCCAUCGUUUCUGUCAAGCACCUCAUCUCACGCUUAGAACCCCUGCAGUGUAGGAGUAGGCCCUUCAGCCCAUCCAAUUCACACCAACCCUCCCUCACCCAGACCGCUGCCCGUAACCCUGCAAUUCCCAUUGGCUAACCCACCUAGCCUACACAUCCCUGGGCACUAUGGGUAAUUUAGCAUGGUCAAUGCCCCCUAACCUGCACAUCCCCAAACACUAUGUAAUUUAGCACGGCCAGUCCACCCAAACCUGCACAUUCCCUGGAUACUAUAGGACAAUUUAGCCUGGCCAAUCCUACACUAAGGGUGGAUUGGCCAUGCUAAAUUACCCAUAGUACCCAGGGAUGUGUAGGUUAGGGUAGAUUGGCCAUGCUAAAUUACCCAAUCCUACAUAUCCCUGGGUACUGUUAGGAUAAAAUAGGUCAAGGGAGGGUGGAGCUAUAGCUGCUGUUUGGGGAAUCGAAACUGUAGCUGUAGCUGCUGAUUGGGAAAUUGAAACUGUUGCUUACGUGGCCAGCUCAGCUGCCAAUGCCCAAAUGAGCUCAAUAACAGGAAACGCCUAGCAAUCGCGAAAUGUCCUAAUAAGGCAAUGCUUAGUAGCUCCGCGAAGCUCUGCUUAGCAAAGAGUAUAGCAGGAGCAGAUUUGGGAGGGGAAGGCAGAACGCGCCUUCUCCAGUGAAUGCAUGGUGAUUCACUGUAUCAGCUACGAUUCUGCAAUAAAGUCUGCUUGUGCCAAACAAUUGAGCGUCUGUUGUCUCUCCUCCUAAAACGAACAUGCAAGGACAAAUUCCGUCCUAACAGUACUAUGGGUAAUUUAGCAUGGCCAAUCCACCCUCACGUACACAUCCCUAGGUAC